GGCUGUGUGUAAGGCAAAUAUGCUAUUUGUGAUACUAACAAGUUACACGGUGCUGUUUAACCGAUGUGCAAAUACCAAUGAGUUGUUGAUGCAAACAGCGUCCAAAGUAUUAUCGCUUGAUAACGAAUUCGGUAAACUAGAUACCGAAUUCAGGAAAUCCCUUACCUCGCUUGAUGAAAGAAUGGACAAUCUGGAGAUUAAACUCGAAAACUCGCUGACAGACUUGCAGACGCAGUUAGCGGAAGGGCUGAAACGUAUUGCAGAGACACAGAAAAACUGCGAACCCAAACUAGGUGAAAUUACAAAGAAUAUUCCGUCGACAAUUUCCAACACCGUGACGCAAAUGGUAAAGUCUCAAUACAUUGCAAUAAAUACUGCGAUGAAGCGGGAAAAAGUGGCUUUAUUGAGUUUGAAAACUGAAAUGAAAAACCAUAUGAAGAAAAUAGAUGACGAGUUUGAAAAUGCGCAAAGUAGUUUGGAUGAGCGUUUGGCAAAUCAAACAAAAGCACUGGACAUUAAGUUUGAAAGACAGUCAGAAAGUUACAAGUCGUCAUGUGAUUCAAUUAAGUCGGAUGUUAGCAGUCUUACGAGCCAAGUAUACACAAUCGAAAAAAUGCUUCCAGUGGACGGACAAUAUGGACAUUGGAUGGGAUGGACGAAUUGUGACACCCUUUGUGAGAGAGGGAAACAAUUUCGAACACGAGAUUGUAACAACCCUACCCCACUAUUCGGCGGGGCCAGUUGUUCGGGAGAAGGGCUAGAAAUCCGAGCUUUUGCUGACUGUUCGGAAAUAAGGCAGAACCUCGGCAGAGUUCCCUCUGGCGUCUACCAUAUCACAACAUGGAAAACAAACCAGACUGCUCCUGUGUUCUGUGAUAUGGACACUGAACAAGGAGGCUGGACCGUGUUUCAACAUCGUGUGGACGGAAGUGUGGAUUUCUAUCGCAACUUCUCCUCAUACGAGAAUGGGUUUGGAUCUCUGCAGGGCGAAUUCUGGUUGGGUCUGAAAAUGAUGCAUGAGAUGACAUCCCGAACAACACAUGAUUUAAGAAUUGACAUCACACACGCAGAUGACAGCCCCGCCUAUGUCGUAUACGCUGGCUUCAGUGUUGGAGCCGGGUCUGAUUAUACCCUUCAUAUUGGAGAUUCACGAACAGAAAUGGGACUUGCAGUGCGUCCGAGUGGGUAUGAAACGUUUAAUACUUACGCAAAAGGUUCUGCCUUUUCCACAUUUGACCAUGAGAAUGACAGUUGGGGCAGUUAUUGUGCCGUUUACCAUCAUGGAGCAUGGUGGUACAGGGGCUGCACCUAUAUGGCGAACCUGAAUGGCCUGUACUACACACCCGGAAUGCAUGUCGGAAACAGAACCGCUAUGAUUUUUGACAGUAAAGAAUCUUUAAAAACUAGCAGAAUGAUGUUCAGACCUUCUAUGUAGUCAUCAUUUGACCAACAAGUGUUUUUUUUCUAGCUAAAUAUUAGUUUACAUUCAAUUAUGAAUUGUUGCACACGCAUUUAAUGAUAAAGGAACAAAUUUUACAUUAAAUUUAAUUUAAAGUUAGAAGUUUUGUUCUUAAUAUUUUUUUUAUAAAAUGACAGAUGUUACUUCAUAUUGCCACAUGUUUAUUUAAAGGUUAAAUAUGUAAUACCAAUAAGGUUGAAUCAGUGUACCACUUUUGUGCAGUUGUCCUCUGUAUACUGACCGGCGAAAUAACCUAACCUCGAGGCUCUAAAAAUUCGAGCCAAGCGGGAAUGCUUACCUUCAGUAUAAAGACGUCGGUCUUUUACAUCCAAAUCAUGCUAACAAGGAAUUCGAGCCAAGCGAUCUCGAGCCAACGAGAUUCGACUGUAUAUAUGGAGUUUGUAUAUACUUGUCAGAUAUUAAUAUGGUUACUUUUUUCUUUUGAAUAGCCAUAUGUGUAUGCAUUAGGAUGAUUGUGUUUGACCAAAGGCGUGUAUUUGCUGCUAUUGCUACUAGCCUGAAAUUGAAACUUUAAAGACAUUUGGCGAUUUAGGUAUGACAUCACCAUACUCUUUUUGAAUAAGAAUAUACAUUUUUUCUGUACAAAAAUCAUUGGCUAGAUUUAGAACCUCUAGUCAUAAACUCCAUUCUAAAAUUGUUCGAUUUUAUAUUUUUAAUAGAGAUAAUCGCGUCUGUAUUUAUUUUUAUUGGACAAAGACAUAAUUGUUAUUGAAGAUGAAUACAUAGUAUUUUUAAGUGUUCAAGACUUAAUGACAUUCGCGAAAAUUAUUUGUUUUCUAGGUGUCAUAGAAAUACCGACAAUGUUUAUUUCUAUAAUCUGAUUGCAUCGGAAAAUGUUCCCCAUAUUAAAUCCACUUCUCUUUUCGUUCAUAAACUCAUGUUAGCUGUAGAUAACACUUAACUUUUUUUAACCAAGAGACACAACUCGUAUUUAGUUACAUAUGUGCAUUUUUUUAUAUUUGAUUUGCAUUUUAACAUGUAUUAUGGGCUGAAUGCCUUUUUUAAAUAAUAUGUCGUUCGUUCGUUAUAGGAGUAACUGGUGGCUGCAAAUCUAAAUAAAUUAAAAAAGUCAAUAUGUACACAGUUGAAAACAAAUGUUAAUCAACAUGCGAUAACUGAAAGUAAUCCCUUUCAUUUUGUAGUUUUUGACAUGUUUUUGUACACCUGUGACAUAGUGAAAAUAAAUUAAAAAGUUGAAUUUGGUAUAUCCACCAAAUAUAUGUACAAACCCUUUUAUAAUAAAAAUCCGACUCAAGGGCAACACGAUAUUGACCAAUUGAAACAUUUUUAUAAAUGAUAAGAUUACUUAAGUGUUACUUUUGAAUGAUUAUCAAUAACUUGCUUCUCAUCUUGAACUUGAGUAAACUUCGUUUCGUGGCGUAGUGUUAAUAAAUAUUGGCCUUUGUGCAUCUUUAUUUUGCUAACAAAAUUGGCCGUAGUUAUUUUGCAUCAUUAAAUCGAUUAGUUUUAUGUUAUAUUGUUGUUGUUUUUAUUUUAUUCUGCUAGUUUUACUGUUCGCGUUGAAAUUUCAAAUGAUUGUUGUUUUCGUAAGUCCAUGCUGGCAGCUCUCU